UUUUUAAUAAAAGCUGCAAACAGGGUGGGUCCUAUUGUAUUUGGAUGAUAGAGCGCAUGCGCAGCCCAAAUAAAGAUUCCCUGACUCAGAAAUUGUACAAAUUUCACAUACCUUUACCACCCACCACUACCCCACUACCACUCUUUGUUUUCACUCACAAAUUGCCACCAAUUAUCUUCGUAUAGAAGUUCAAUCUACCAAGUUGAUAUCGUUCGUUUUCAACUCGUCAAUUUCGUAAUAUACUCCUACUGAUUGGGGGAGCAGACGUGAAGGUUUAAAACUCUUUAACUAUUUGUAUAUAACAGCAUGAAUAUAGAUUUGGAAGAGCGGAUGAGUAGGAUGGAGCUGACGGGGAGUCCGGUGGAUCACGGAUACUACAUGCCCGCUGAGUGGACACCGCACUCCCGCUGCUGGAUAGGGUGGCCUGAACGGCCAGACAAUUGGCGUGACAAUGCAGUGCAUGCUCAACGUGUCUUUACCAGAGUUGCAGCUGCAAUCUCAAGAUUUGAACCAGUUACUGUAUGUGCCAGUUCAGCGCAGUGGAAGAAUGCACGCAGUCACUUGCCAGAACAUAUCAGGGUGGUUGAGAUAAGCAUGAAUGACUCUUGGCUUCGUGACACUGGCCCAACAUUUGUUAUCAGAAAUAGUUUGUCAGAUAAAGAGAAGUUGGGCAGAAGCAAGGUUGCAGGAAUUGAUUGGAAUUUCAAUGCCUAUGGUGGCGAGGAUGGAGGUGCUUAUGAAGAUUUCAGUCUUGACUUACUUAUCGCUCAUAAGGUUUUGGAAAUUGAAAAUGCUCCAAGGUUUCCUCAGUCUAUGAUUCUUGAAGGUGGAAGCAUUCAUGUUGAUGGAGAAGGGACUUGUCUUACAACAGAAGAGUGCCUGCUGAAUAAAAAUAGAAACCCUGGAUUUCCUAAGGUACAAAUUGAGGAUGAGCUUAAAGCAUACCUUGGAGUGAAGAAGGUCAUCUGGCUGCCUCAUGGAUUGUUUGGUGAUGAUGACACUAAUGGUCACAUUGAUAACAUGUGCUGUUUCGUGAGGCCUGGUGUUGUUUUAUUGUCGUGGACUGAUGAUAAGUUAGACCCCCAAUACAAACGAUCGCUGGAAGCUCUUUCUGUUCUGACCAGCGAAGUCGAUGCCAAAGGCAGAAAAUUCGACAUUAUCAAACUUCAUGUGCCAGGACCACUCUAUUUGACAGAGCAUGAGGCUAAUGGACUUCAGCAGGGCGAUGCUAAACCACGGAUUCCUGGCACGAGACUUGCGGCCUCAUAUGUAAACUUCUAUAUUGCCAACGGAGCAAUUAUCACACCUCAAUUUGGUGAUAAGAAGCGGGACGAUGAAGCUGCCCAUGUCUUAUCUUUGGCGUUUCCAGAUUAUGAGAUUGUUAGAAUCGAGGAUGCUCGUGAGAUCGUGCUUGGUGGAGGCAAUAUACAUUGCAUCACCCAACAGCAACCAGCAUCUCCAUAAAUCUAAAGCUUCAAAGGCAGCAAAUGUUUCCAUUGCACUUUGUUAAUUGAGUUUGAUUCUAUGUUCUGCAUUUUCUAACUUGAGUAUUUGCAAACUUUAUCCUGGGAUGGCAGACUACAUGCAUACAUACCCUCCCUUUCAUAACACAAACAGUUUCAUAAUUUGAGUAUUCUCUUGAUAA